AUGCAUGAAUCUAUUACAUUAAAUCUGACUGGAAAUUCAACUGUAUUGUCGGCAAAUUAUUUUCCAUCUCUAAACGUUUACGAGGAUUCAGAAAUAGCUUUGUUAUCUUUGCAAACGUACAAUUCAUUUCCAAAUAUUAUAAAUCCAACUAAUAACCGGCUGAGAAUAAAAUCAAUUCCUCCAGAUAGAAUAGCAAAAAUUCAAUUUUUUGUACCAGUCGAAUGCCGUGACAUAGAAGAUAUUAACAAAUAUAUGGUAGAAGAGUUAUCUCAAGUUAAUAAAGUCUACGGAACAAAGCUGACAUUCAGUGUACGUAUUGAUCCUGUCGAUUUUAGAACGUAUAUAAAAUGUAAUGGAAUACUAAACUUUGAGCAUCCGUAUAGUAUAGCACCUGUUUUUGGGUAUAGAAAGAAAGUUUGUGGACCGUUUCAUGAAGAACAUCGAUCGGAUAAAGCUGCAAAUUUAAACACAAUUAAUUCUAUAAAAGUAAUGUGUAAUAUAGCACAUGGGUCAUUCAACAACCAACUUCAAAACCAUUCGAUAUAUGAGUUUUUCCCAAGUGGGAGAAGAGGAACAAAGGUUGUUCAAUCUCCGGUAAACCUUAUAUAUUACAGAUUAAACAAAACAGAUAUUAAUUCAAUUACUGUUCAGUUAGUUGACCAAAACAAUAAUCCAAUUGACAAUUUUAACGAAACGUUAACAGUUGUUCUGCAUAUUAAACGUCACGGAUCUCAUCAUUAAAUUUAUAUCUUAGAUUUUGUAAUGUAUGAGUCAGUUACUUUAAGUUUAACUGGGAAUGCUACC